CUAUUCGGACGUUCUAGAACCAAUAUUUUGCCCACCCCAAAUAUAUAAAUACGUAUCUCGGGUUGCUUUAAAAUUAUCUUAUAUAUGCUCUUGUAAAAUUUUUAAACCUACAUAUUCAUACAUAACUCUCUCUCUCGUUUUGAUCAACGAUUUUCAAGAUGCAGAUCUUUGUGAAGACUCUUACCGGGAAGACCAUCACUCUUGAGGUAGAAAGCUCAGACACCAUUGACAAUGUCAAGGCUAAGAUUCAAGACAAGGAAGGUAUCCCUCCAGAUCAGCAGAGGCUUAUCUUUGCUGGUAAACAGCUUGAGGAUGGUCGCACCUUAGCUGAUUACAAUAUUCAGAAGGAAUCCACCCUUCAUUUGGUUCUUCGUCUACGUGGUGGCAUGCAGAUAUUUGUUAAGACACUUACUGGCAAGACAAUCACCCUAGAAGUUGAAAGCUCUGACACUAUUGAUAAUGUCAAAGCUAAGAUCCAGGACAAGGAGGGCAUCCCCCCAGACCAGCAGAGACUCAUUUUUGCUGGCAAGCAGCUGGAAGACGGUCGCACCCUUGCUGACUACAAUAUCCAGAAGGAAUCAACCCUUCAUUUGGUGCUCCGUCUACGUGGUGGAAUGCAAAUCUUUGUCAAGACCCUUACUGGAAAGACAAUCACCUUGGAAGUAGAGAGCUCCGAUACGAUCGACAAUGUUAAGGCAAAGAUCCAAGACAAGGAGGGAAUUCCUCCAGAUCAGCAGAGGUUGAUAUUUGCUGGGAAGCAGUUGGAGGACGGAAGGACCUUGGCAGAUUACAACAUUCAGAAGGAAUCCACUCUUCAUUUGGUAUUGAGGCUGAGGGGUGGAAUGCAGAUUUUUGUGAAGACUUUGACAGGAAAGACCAUCACGCUAGAGGUGGAGAGCUCCGACACUAUUGAUAAUGUCAAAGCAAAGAUUCAAGACAAAGAGGGCAUCCCACCAGACCAGCAGAGGCUUAUAUUUGCUGGAAAACAACUUGAAGAUGGCCGCACACUUGCAGACUACAAUAUUCAAAAAGAGUCUACCCUCCAUCUUGUGCUCCGUCUCCGUGGGGGGAUGCAAAUCUUUGUGAAGACAUUGACCGGCAAGACCAUCACCUUGGAGGUUGAGAGCUCAGAUACAAUUGAUAACGUGAAGGCGAAAAUCCAGGACAAAGAGGGAAUCCCACCAGAUCAACAGCGUUUGAUUUUUGCUGGAAAGCAGUUGGAGGAUGGAAGAACCCUGGCUGACUACAACAUCCAGAAGGAGUCCACCCUUCACCUCGUUCUUCGUCUUCGUGGUGGUUUUUGAAUUGUGGUGGUGUGUUCUAGGGCUUUGAGCCCUGCUAAAAAUUUCUGAAUCUUUGUUUUAUUUAAGUUUACAUUUUAUGUGCCUGUGUGCUGAAAGACAGUACAUUUCCUGUUCUUGAGGGAUAUUUAAGUUUUUUAUAUUUCAAUGUUUUUAUGUGGAAUGACCUUUAUUCCAUUAAAACAAGAAAUGUAUAUUACUGCAUGUUUAGAUGUGCUUAUUUCUAAACUUCUUGUUAGUAA